UUAGCUAGAGGGGGCGUGGUGUGGCAAAAGCUGAGUUUGAUGGAGAGUAGGGAGACGCUCUCCCUGGACCGUCUGCCUUUCGACUGCAUCGUGACGCUGUGCGAGUAUUUCUCGGCGGAGGAUCUGGCUCGAUUCGGACGAGUCUGCACAGUGUUCCACGAGGCCACUCAAGUCGGAUACCUAUGGAGGCGACUUAGUCUGAGCAGAUGGGCGUUCUGCGACGUUCACCAGAUCUCUGAAGGCGCCCAGCGAUGGCGGAGGUACUUUACCGCCAGGCGAGGUUUGGAGGCAAAGAUGGACACUGGCAAACCGCUAAGAGACUACAGAGUUCGUACGUUGCGAGGCCACGAGAAGGACAUUGUCUCAGUAGCAGUGCUAAGGGAGACUGGGGGAGGAGACAUUAAUUGGGAGAACCCCUCUCAUCCUCUGGUCGUUAGUCUCUCUGGUGAUGGAAGUGUGAAAGCGUGGGACGUGACUCAGGGAAAAGCUGUGUGGACCCUGGAUAAUGAGUUAAUCUCCUGCCUCGCAGUCUCUGAGACGAGAAGUGAAGUGGCCCUGGGACUAUCCGAUGGCUCGGUUCAGAUUUGGGGUGCGAGGGAGUGGAAUCUCAGAGCCACAGUUAGCUCCAGUACUGGCAUCUCCAAGCUAAUGUAUGGCAGCAUCAAGAACAGCAGCACCAUUCCCAGUGUGUUUCUGUUGGCACAGACUGUUGAUGGGGAGGUCGAGAUGUGGGAUUGCGAUGAUGUCGUCUCCAGCACCGAGAGCAAGAAACAGGUUUCAGAGCCAGUCAAACCGGUUCUCCAGCUCCAGUCUGUGGCCACUACUGGUGGGUGGAGUCUCUCGCCUGCCGGCCUCCUCUCUUUAGAGUCUGAACUUGAAGAAAUUCAAGUUUUUGAUCUGUCAAAAGUCUCCCCCAUCACUGCCUCCCCUUCUCCUGAUCCUCCCCACGUCACACUUCACACCAGUGAACCGCCUGGCUCCUCGUGCUGGGUGGAGCCUCGUUGCCUAGCAACAGCCUCCAUAAGCUCACCCGACAUCUCACUAUGGGAUGUGGGAACUCACCUGGACUCACGCACCCAAAGCCGGAGAUCGGCUCUUUACGAUCAGAGAAACAUCUACACUCCCUCGAGGACAUUUUCAAACGAAGCUCCCCCACUGUGCAUGGGGGCUGCCAACGACCUAUUUAUUACAGGAGACGGGGAGGGUUGCAUAAGAGUCCUGGACCCAAAAAGUGGGAAGCUGUUGCAGACAUUCAGUGACCACAAGGGAAGGGUCACCGACCUGUAUGUGGACAGAUUUAGAGUCCUGUCGUGUUCAGUUGACUUUUCCAUUCGAGUGUACCGCUGGGUAAAAACUGCAGGAGUCAGGCCUGGUGGGACGACUGCUCAAUUGGAGAGCAGAUAUACUCUACUGGGAGGAUCUGUAGCCCUCCGACAACAUGAUGGCUUCAAUCGGCUGGUCUGCUCAGCCAGCUCCUGCGUUGGGGUGGCCGGUAACCAGCUAAAGUUCUACACUUUUACCGCCAACUUAAAGGAGAAGUGAAAAAUGCUAUAUACCACUAACCUUUCAUCUCCUAUAUAUCCACAAUGUAGACACCCAGCCUUUACAAACCAAGUCUUUAGACACACUAGAACAUUGUAUGUAUGUUGAAGAGCUUACUACAUACGUGCAUAAAAAGUGAUUUGAUAUCAGGAGAGCUCUAUGAUGUAUAAUGUUGUUGCUCGGCAUAAUAAUGUAUACUGUGUGUGUUUGUGUGACAGUGGGUUCAAGAACAGGAUGCACUGUUAUCUCCCAAUUCACCGUCCGACUUUCUUGGUUUCCUGCGUUUCUUCAUGGAGCGAUAUUUCUGGACCCGGCCCCUGGCGAGUCUUCGUCGCCGCUCGAGAGCCGGCUCCAUGUUUACCCUGCACUGAAGGUGUUUACUGCAAGUGGGACAGGAAACAGUGGAAGAUUCCGAUCAUUCCCGAGCAUUACAGUGCAGUAUUGGCACAUUCAUCGAGUACACACUCUACAGAUGUUUUUUCUGGAUUAGGAAUUUGGUAUGCAUUCCUCAGGGCCAUCACUCACAAAUACCACACAUGCACAAAAUUGCAGGCAUACACAGCACAAGGCACAAAGACAGAGACACACACAACUACACACACUCGCUCACUCACUCUAUGUAGAAAGUAAGGGACUCCGUAGAACUUUUAUUGACAAGGACCACGGGCAAUUGAGCAAGUCCGGGGUGACUGGAAGAGUUAGUGACUUGCCUACUGGAUUCUGAAUCAGGGGAAGGGAUGGGGGAUCCAUCUUCAAUACCCUCAGCAGCAUCCAACGUCUCUUCUUUCCCCGCUGACAGCCCGGUGGAUGCACCGUCACCAGCGUCGAAGAAAGACGCGGGUAGCUUUCUCUCUUUCCACGACUUCGCAGCACCAGCUCCUCUCGCCAUUGCUGUCGUUGCAGCAGCUCGUCCCGUCCCUCCUCCUCUCCCUCCACACCUCCCGCCGCCUGAAUCCGUCUGGACCACGGCAAACAGAGCGUCCAGUAAAAACUCCGCGUCCGCGGUAGGUCCUCCGCACACCAGCUCCGCGGCAGCCGAGGCGGCCGUCCUGUUACCACCGUUGGACCUGGAGUUUCGCCUACUGCUAGCGCUUCUCCCCGCGCUGGUGCCGCUAUUAGGCUUCCGUAGGACGUCGAACAGCGCGUCCAUGUGCCCUACGGCGUUAGGGUCCUCUAGUAUGCAGGUCUCCUUAGUUCCCGACGCAGACAUGACCUCUCGAUCCCGCGCUAGAGAGGGAACCGAAGAGAGAACGACCUCGCGCGCUCACAC